GAAAGAAUACAGCGACAGCGAGACGGACGGAGGCUCGUUUUGGGCUUAUGAUUUUAGAGCCAUUCUCCAGCGGACUGAUAUUUACGAUGAGGAUUAUCAUAAGGACUGACUGAGGAACGGCCUGAAAUUGAUCCUGAAGUCUUCCUCAUAUGCCAGCCAUGGACUAGAGAAGAGGACUUUGGGAUUUUGGACAUAACUAUGGCGGUGAGGUGGCUCAUCUCCCAUUGAGAACACAAAAAAUGAGACUGUGAAGCUGCAGUGCAGGCAGCGCAGCCACAUGUUUCGAUGACUCUGGACAUGGAUGCGGUCCUGUCAGACUUUGUUCGGUCCACGGGGGCAGAACCGGGUCUGGCACGAGACCUGCUGGAAGGUAAAAACUGGGACCUGAGCGCUGCUCUGAAUGACUAUGAGCAGCUCCGGCAAGUCCACACUGCCAACCUGCCCCACGUCUUCAAUGAGGGCCGUUACUACAAGCAGCCGGAGCGAAGCGGCACCCCGCAGCACAUCAGCAAACCUGAGCAAUGCCUGCAGAAACAGGAGGACAACACUCAGGAGAAGCGACUGUCUCGGGGUAUCUCCCAUGCCAGCUCGGCCAUCAUGUCUCUGGCCCGACUGCAGGUCACGGGGGAUUGUGCCAGGGAGCAGUUCCCCCUGGAGAUGCCCAUCUACACAUUCCAGCUGCCCGACCUGAGCGUGUACAGCGAGGAUUUCCGCAGCUUCAUCGAGCGUGACCUCAUCGAGCAAUCCACCAUGGUUGCACUAGAGCAGGCCGGUCGUUUGAACUGGUGGUCCACGAUGUGCAUCAGCUGUAAGAAGCUACUUCCACUGGCCACAACUGGAGAUGGAAACUGCCUUCUGCACGCUGCCUCUUUAGGAAUGUGGGGUUUCCAUGAUAGAGAUCUGGUGUUGAGGAAGAGUCUGUAUGCCAUGAUGAAGAACGGGGCGGAGAGAGGAGCUCUGAAAAGAAGAUGGAGAUGGCAACAGACUCAACAGAACAAAGAGUCGGGGCUGGUGUAUACCGAGGAGGAAUGGGAGAGAGAGUGGAAUGAACUGCUCAAGCUGGCCUCCAGUGAGCCACGUACACAUUUCAGCAAGAACGGCAACUCCAGUGGAGGAGUGGACAAUUCAGAAGACCCGGUUUAUGAAAGCUUGGAGGAGUUCCACGUCUUCGUCCUGGCCCACGUUCUGAGAAGACCUAUAGUGGUGAUAGCAGACACCAUGCUCAGAGACUCAGGAGGUGAAGCUUUCGCACCCAUUCCUUUUGGAGGGCUGUACCUGCCUUUGGAGGUGCCUCCUAACCGCUGCCACUGUUCCCCGCUGGUGCUGGCUUAUGACCAGGCCCACUUCUCCGCCCUGGUGUCCAUGGAGCAGAGAGAUCAGCAGAGAGAGCAAGCCGUUAUCCCACUGACCGACUCCGAGCACAAGCUGCUAGCUCUGCACUUCGCUGUGGACCCGGGGAGGGAUUGGGAAUGGGGGAGGGAUGACAACGACAACGCCAAGCUGGCGAAUCUUAUUCUGUCACUAGAAGCUAAACUAAACCUUCUGCACAACUACAUGAAUGUAACGUGGAUCCGAAUUCCAUCUGAAACAAGGGCUCCCUUGGCUCAGCCUGAGUCGCCCACUGCCUCUGCAGGCGAGGACGUACAAUCUUUGGCAGAAUCCAUGGAUUCGGACCGGGAGUCUGUUUGCAGUAACUCCAACAUCAAUAGCGGCAAAUCAAAUAAGGACAAGGACAAACAGCGGAAAGAUAAAGACAAAACUAGAGCAGAUUCGGUAGCAAACAAGUUGGGCAGCUUUAGCAAGACUUUGGGUAUUAAACUUAAAAAGAACAUGGGUGGCUUGGGAGGACUCGUCCAUGGCAAGAUCAGCAAGUCCAACUCGGCGAACGGACGAACUAUGGAGAACGGCGAGCAGAAACCUAAGAAAAAAGACUCGAAAAUACGAAAAGGCAGCAAGGAGGAGUCAGGUCAAUCGGCAAGUACGUCCUCUUCAGAGAAGACGACCAGUCCUUCUCCUACUGACCGUGCAUCCGGUAGCUCACCUGUCGAGAGACAAACAGGAUCGGGCAAAAACUCUGGUGACCGGACACUGGACAACUGGAAGUACAGCACAGACGUCAAACUAAGCCUGAACAUUCUUCGGGCAGCCAUGCAGGGUGAGCGCAAGUUUAUCUUUGCCGGCUUGCUGCUCACCAGCCACCGGCACCAGUUUCACGAAGAGAUGAUUAGCUUUUAUCUGAGCAGCGCCCAGGAACGUUUCAGUGCCGAACAGGAACAGAAAAGAAAAGCAGAGGGCGAGAAGAAAUCACAGACUAAUGGCGUCGCACUGAAGAAGCCGGAGCAGGAGAGCGCUUUUCAAAGAGAGUGUUCGGAUAGCACUCCACCUGACAGUUGCUCGCCGGUUUUGCACCCCAGCCAUAAUGCCAUACAGGCCAUGAAGGUCCAAGAAAGAGGAAGCCCAAAGCUUUCCGCUUCUCCUAUCCCAAUACCCAUUACAGCGUCCAUUUCAGGAUCCUCCAUGUCUCCCAUCCCUUUCUCCUCUCCUAGUAAUGGUGCUAAGAGAUCCGGACCGGUCCCUGUUUCAGCCCACUAUAGCCAUACGCCACCUAUCCAGCGGCACAGUGUCAUCCACCUGAGAGAUGUCAAUCAUCAGUCAUCCAGCUAUCAGGAUGAGUCCUACAAGCCGUUGGUGGGAACACUCAAAACGUGUGCCACCUACCCUCAACAAAACCGUUCACUGUCCUCUCAGAGCUACAGUCCAGCCCGCAUGUCUGGGAUUCGUACUGUCAAUGCCGUAGACACCUUCCCCUACAACAUGCCUGGGGAACACAAGUCACACACAUACACCAACGGUUUCAACACCGGUGACAUCCGGGACUGUCUGGAGUUCGCGGAUGAGGACCCGGUGCCCCAUGGUUGGCUCGGGCAGGACAAAACCAAAGGACAGAACGCAGUUUGUCCGAUGUACUGCUUCCAGCAGAAACGUUGCAGGAGGGACAACUGUACCUUCUAUGGCCGGGCUGAGACUGAGAAUUUCUGCUCCUACUGUUAUAGAGAAGAGCUGAAACGUAGGGAACGGGAGUUGAAGGUGCAUCGACCGGGAUAGCGCGCCACGUAUAAGGCUACCACCGCUGUGUGUGAAAACAACCGCGACGUCACCACCUUUUAGCACUUUGCAAGCGAUACAAAGAACUGGCAUAACAUUUUCCUACUAUAUUUAAGAUCAGCCUCCUUGUAUUCUUGUUACUUUACUCUCGAUAGCAAACGCACACUGCUUUAAAAUGACAGGAAGUGCAACCAGAAUCAGUUUACAGCUUUGGCCAGAGAUUGUGUUAUUGUUUGUCUUACGUCCGAUUGAAUUCAAUCUUUUACUUGUUCUAGAGUAAAAGCUCUCGUCUGUGCAUUUCGCUCAGUCUGUGUUGUAAAACUCCUUGUACCUGCUGAAAGAGAUAUGUCAUGUCAGUUUCAAAAAGAGCUACCCAAUCAUCAACAUGGCAACUCUGUUUAGAGGUCAUUAUAAUGCAAUAUUUCACAGCAUAGCUCUUUGGAAACUCAAUAUUGAAUACCAUAGAUUUGCUGUGCAUUGCAAAUAAUUAAGGGAGGGAGAUGCACUUUUCAAUACUGGAUUUUUCUUUGAAAGCAAUAAGUUUGGUAACAACCGCUAUCCCUCCUGCUUUUAUCUAUGCAUUCAUAACGUCAGCCAUAUUUUCCCAUGUAAUUUUAAGGGAAGUGGGUGGGAUUCAAUGAGAUUGUUGUAAAAUAAUUAUUACUGUGGAAAUAUUCAAUAUAUGACAUAUCAAAAUGUCUUUGGAUAUUGUGGUGUAAACCGUAUGUACAGAUCUGUAAAAAUAAGAGACCAUUCCAAAUUUUUUGUUGGUUUUCCUGAAUUUGUUAUGUAUAGUUUUAGUUAACAUUAUCAUUUUUGUGUUAUUCUGUAACAUUCUGUUUUUUUUUCUCCAAAUUCCACAUAAAAAACACAAAAGAUGCAGAAGACAACAAAUACUGCAAAGAAAAGUUUAUAUUAAUUUUUAAAUAACAAAAUACUUAUGUUUUACAUCUAUUUAAGUAUAGGUUAUUAAAAUACAAUAUUUAAUGGAAUAAAACAGAUUUUAAAUCUCAGCCUUUAAUCUCAGUUUUGCAUUCUCUCAGUCUUUCACAUUUUCUGUUGGGUGACUUUGUCGCUCCGGAGGUUUUCUUUUUAUGUUUAAAUUGACCUUACACUGGAAUAAAAUGGCCGCCAUACAUGUAGAAAUGCAGAUUAAAAGCAUUUAUUGUGGUCUCUUAUUUUUUCUUAGCUAUCUGUUCAUACAAACAUGUUUUUUCAUCAUGCUGCAUUAUUGUAAUAUAAAUCCUUUUCAUGGGAGGGUUUGCAUUCCAUCAUGAUAUCAACUGAAUCCUCACUUUUGUGUCCUACUUGACCUGUAAUACAGUAAGAAUUUGACUUCCAUUCAUGGCUGCCUGUAUUUGCAAUAUACUGUAUAACCCAGUCAUGCUAGUAGAUCAUAAAUAUUAAGAAACGUCUUUGAGACAUGUUCCCUGAGGAUAGAAGUAUGAAAUGCAAACCCUUUUAUGCGUCAGCAGUGGACUAAAGGUGGAGAGUUGUAAACUUUGUGUGCGUCAACUGUUUAUUACCUUCAAUGGCACAGCUUGGCUAUAAGUGCCAAUUGUUCAUCAACAUUAUCAUUCAUGCUAACACUGCCAUGCUAAUCUCUCACAUGCUAAAAAAUGUUCCUCAACCCCAUUUCAUUUGUCCUCAGAUAGAAGUUUUAAACAUGCAGUUACAGUGGUCACUAUUUAAAGAUAAAGACAUUUAAACGAGAUAUAAGAGGGUAGGCUACUUUUAAGUUUUAUUGAUAGCAUUGCUAACAGUGGUGUAACACUGUGUCCUAUUUAGGUGCAACAUUGAAAAAUAAAAUUAUGCACGACGCUACAAAUGUACACAUUUAUGUGUAACAUGUUGGGAGGAAUUUUUACACAUGUGAUUUUAUUGUGUGUAGAAAUGGAAAACCAAUCAAUUUAUUUCUUGUAUGUUGUUAGAUGCAGUCACAUCUUGUUAGGACACAGUGUUCAAAUUGCACUUGUGCUAACUACCAAACAAAAUCAAUUCGCUAAAAAUGGAUGUUUAAGAAACAUAUCAACCUGCAAUGAUAUUUUUGACUCGCCUAGAUGAAACAUUAGCUGCGUUUCCAUUACCUUUCAAAUUUCACAAAUUGAAAAUACACCCACUGGGAACACGUCAAUUUCGCAAACACUCCCAUAUUUAGCAAAAAAAGAUGUACCCCCUAUAAGGUGUUCUUCAUGGAAGGUGUUCUUCAUGGUUUUUGUUGUAUUUACUAGUCACAUGUGUCAUAUAACAUCGUUAACAUUGAAAAUGCUGUCAUUUAGCUGCAUUUUUAAUCAACAUUUAGAAAAUGUUCCAUAUGUUUUGUGCCAAUCUGAAAUGGAAGCCAAUUUAUUUUUCACAGCAUUGCCAUCAACUAAAAGCACCGUCACGCUAACUCUCCACCAAACAUUCCACUGCUCACGAUGCUAGUCCUCACAUGCUAGUUAUUUAGCAUGCUGUAGGCAACUGGUCUCCUCGAAACACCUCAAGACUUUCUACGAACAAUUAGCACAUUAGCCACUUUGUGUCUCUCUGCUAAGCAAAGGCCCCAAGUGUAUUUCUACAUGGAUAAGAUUGCCAUGAGAGCAACGCUUGCUGUAUUAGUUGUGUGUUGAUGUCCAGGUAACCCACGCUCUGUGUUUCUGUCUUUCCUGGCCAAGGAUGUCCACUGCUUUCUUUGUUUUCCUCUCAUGUUUGUAGUCGUCUAUCAUGUUCGUCUUUCUUGUCCCAUGCUCCUGCUUUUCCUCUCCCUCCUUCAUAUUGGACAAGUUCAUGGACUCUCACCGUCUUACAAUUGUAAAAUAUGAUUUUGUAUUCAUUUGAGAGUUUGACACUACUUUAAAUUAUUAAUUUGCACAUUAGGUACCAAUGUAAAUAGCCGGAGAAAAGAGACAAAAUAAGAUUAGUUUAUUGUUUACAACGGUGUCCGUGUGGUUCUUUCAAUUGUUUGGGUUAUUCUAUAAACCUGGUGCCUUUUCCAGUCAGUAUACUUUUUAAAACACAGAAUUUUUGUUAUUCUUUUUACAUACAUGAAUAAAAGGGUCCAAAAAUAGAGUGGUACCCAUUUUUGGACCAUGGGAGCAAGAUGCAUGCACGUGUGCAUCUACGACUUGCAUGUGCCAGUAGGCUUGCGUGCCUGCGAGUGUGUUUUUCCUCAGUGUCCUGUAAUUUGAGCCGUGCCCUAGGCUGCUGUUUCAGUCUGCAUGCAUACAACACCCACAUGAGACCGUCAGCCU